AUGGAAGGAGAGAGAAAACCUAUGCUUCUGUAUUUCACUGGUAAAGCCCUAAAGACUCAAACCUAUUGCAGUAUAUCAGAUACAUCUAAAUCCAAUUCUAUACGAAUUCUAGAAUUUGGGAAAUCAAAGCUUCUAACAGUUCAACAUGGUUGGUUUCUUUGGGAAAACAUUAUAUCAAAAUAUGUUAGUAACUUGGUUCUCUGGAAUCCAUAUAACCUUAACAAAAUCAUUCUCCCACCACUUGAACACAAUGGCACCGCUAUUGGUGACUGCAUUUUGUCAUCUCCUCCAUCCGCAAAUCAUCAAACAUGCUCCAUUUAUUUAUUUUCAUCCCAUAGGCCUUCAAUAUUUUACUACCAACUUGGAGAUCAACAAUGGAUUGAAGUGUGCUUUUUUAAUGGCCUUGUUAGAGGUUUUGCGACGCAGGGUACAACUCCUUCUGUGACCUGUUUUGAUAACCCAGUUUACUGCAAUGGUUGCGUCUAUGCAGGGUACCAUUCUACCCACUACAAUGAUUCCCUCUGUGCAGAGUACCAUUCUAUUGUGGUAGUUAUUGAAAAACAUCAACUUAAUGGCUUUACAAUCAACUGCUUAUUUUGCCUCAUGAGAAAACAUCAACCAACUAGUUUCCAGCAACUUAUAAGUCACUUGAUUGGAUCCAACAACCAACUAUUUAGAAUUGAAAUUUUCCAUGUACUGGGUAGGGUUACUGCAGUUGUUGUUUACAAAUUUGAUUGUUCUCAACAAGUGUGGGAAACAGUCCAGGUUUUCAAGUUGAAUGAGUCUAAUAUGACAUGGAUCAGAGUUGAAAGUCUCAAAAAUCACAUGCUUUUUCUUGGUAAAACAUCAUUUUCUGCCGUCGCAAGCAUUCCUGGAAUGGAAAACAAAAUUUAUUUUUCAAGAUUUUAUGAGCACAGUCUUGUGUUUUAUUCAUUAGAAACAAACAACUAUCACACAUUUCAACAUGAUCAAGUGGUGGAUAUUCAUAAUGUGAAAGAACACUUGAAAGGCACAUGGAUUCAGCCAAGAUGGCAUUAA